CAAGCACCAACAAUAUCGGAGGGAAAACUCCCUUUGACUGAGUAGAAAAAUGUGAGGGUGAGAGAACGAUCUCCCGCGGAAUUUGGUGGGCUGUAUUUAUCUUGCUUCACGUUUUAUUUCGCCCUUAUCCCAAAAACUAUGCCUCAGUCGCUCGGUCGGGCUGGUCGAUCGUGACAGACAGCGGCAUAGAGCAUAGAAGGGAAAAAAAACGAGAGCAAACUUUUCUAUCGCGAGAGACAGCAUAAACCGUGAGCGCCCGAGUCCGCGCUGAGUGGGAGAUGGCACAUAGCGUUACAAGAAACAAACACAUUUCAUCAAAUUUCGUUCAAUUGUUCCCGUCGUUUGGGGCGAUAGUGCGUCGAUCGACUGUAGCGCGCGCGUGUGUCCGCCAUCAAGCUUCCGAGUGCUAACUCCGUGGAUUUAUUCGCGAUUUUAGUGUGGAACAGUGGACGAAGAAAAGGGUUUAAAAUCGGUUUCCUUCGAAAUAUAGGGUGAAAAUGAUUAAAAGUGGAAAAGUUUUACUUAAAGUGAAAAAUAUUAGGUGAACAAUUUAAAUGCUAAAUAAAUCAAACAUUGGAAAACAAUCAUGAAAAGAUUAAAGAGAUAAUAAAAUAAACCAAAACUCAAUAAAACAGUGACAAAACGGUGAAAAAGAAAACGAGAAAAGAAAACAAAAGAAGUUUUUCCAGUGAGUGAAUAGUGUAUCAUACUACUUAAUCCACUAAAACAGCCGAGCCUAAGAAUGACCAAUGAACAGUGAUAGUGAGCAACAAAGUGAGAAAUAAAAAUAAAUACUUAAUUAGUGAACAUAAAACGUUGGUUGAAGCAGUGAUAGAUUAAGUAACACCCGCAGCACAAAAUGGCCGGCGAAUGGGACAUCAAUGAUGCGCACAUCCCAUUCAUCCAGGAGCUGGCGUACGAAAAGUUUAACGAAUGGGCCGACGGACACGUUCGGCACGUCUACCAUCCGACGGAUGAUCACGCCCGGAAGCACAUCUCUGGAUGGGCGAUGCGUAAUACCAACAAUCACAACGUUAGCAUUCUGAAGAAAAGUUGCCUGGGAGUGCUUAUCUGUACCGCGCGUUGUAAGCUACCGAACGGGGGACAGAUUAAUCUGCGACCUGCCAUCUGUGAUAAAGCAAGGCGGAAACAGCAAGGACGAGCGUGUCCCAAUCGCCACUGUAAGGCGGGUCGGUUGGAGGUGUUACCGUGUCGGGGACACUGUGGAUAUCCUGUCACUCACUACUGGCGCCACACGGAGAAAGCGAUCUUCUUCCAGGCGAAAGGGAGUCAUGACCAUCCGAAGCCAGAAUCGAAGACGUCCGGUGAGACAAGGAAGCUGAUCGGUGCGACGGGAAGUGGUGCGAAGGGUUCGGCGGCCAGGAGUAAAAAGUUGUCGGUGCUUCUGCUGAGAGAUGCGGCGCUAGGAAAUAAGCUGAUGUCACUUAAAACAUCCAGUAAGGCUCAUGGUACUUCAGGACCAGAAAUUCUUCAACCUCCACCACUGAUUCCUGAUCCCAGUUAUGAAGACUCAUCAAAGUGCUCAACAUGCACCCGCACUCCUUGUGUCUGUAGAACAAAGCUGGGAGUCAACUCUCUGCCCUCGUCCCUCUCGAGGACUUCCGAAGGAACGGGGAUGUUUUUCGAUCCAUCCCACCAUCAAACGACCCUCCAGAAUCAUCACCAUUCCGGUGGGACUUGGCAAUCAUACGAGCCCGACAUGGAGUCCUUUGCACCGUCCUCCGCGUACGACCCAACGGGACCUGGCAAUGGUUCAUCCUGCAACUCCAGCCUAAUGAACGAGUGCUUCCAUCCGGAGGAAAUCUUCCAGCUUGACCAACCGCUUCGACAGCAACAGCAGCCUCAACACCAAAACAGUACCGGAAGUACACCUGCUAUAGUCAAUCAACUGCCUACAACGACUCCGACCACUCUACUUGAUCUCGGCAGUGGGGCUAUCUACAAGAAGUGUAACCAAAUAAGUCCCGAGUACAUAUUUGGAGCGAAUCCUGUCGCAAAUAAUGGGGCUGACUCAUUAACCGGGAGUUAUCAUGCUUCAAAUCAAGCCUGCUCUUACGGAACUCCCACGAAUGACGCAUCGGUCGCUGCAGACCAUCACCUUUCGCUUCAUAACAGCAAGUACUUCGCUUCGAACGAUGCUGUCUACAGUAAUCAUUCCCACGAUGAUAGCUCUUCCAAGGAUUUGUUAAGAUACAUCAAAAAAGAGAUUGGAUCCACCGCAACAGGGAAGACUGCGCUAGGAGACUCCUCCCUAGCGGUGUCACGAUCACGACCGUACGACUGUGAUCAAAACCAAUACAAAAAAGCGCCCUACACCUUCCGAGGGACAUCCACCGUUGGCACCUACUUUAGCAACAGCGUUAACAACAAUAGCAGCAGUAUCAUGAACAACAAUAGCAUAACCUCGGUGAUAUCGCCCCACAAGCAGGCUAAUUAUGACCAUCUUGCCAGCGAAGCAUCAGUCAAUUACGAUUAUCACCCAGCGGAUCAUCAUACCACCUCGCCCAGUAGUCAUGCGAACUCCAACUUCUCCGAACAGCAGUCGUACAGCACGAGUAGUUGCAGCUAUAUGAGUAGCGCGAUGGCCGCCGGAGGACAACACAGCCAGGAGGUAGUACACUAUUCCUAUGCUGCCGGCGAUAAUUAUCGUUUCGGGAGCAAUUACGUGAAGGGAUCGUCCCUAGCGCCCAUUCACGGUGGGGUUGGUGGUGGUGGUGGUGCAUCGUUUCAAGCGGCUGCAGUGCAGCAAAUGCAUCCCGAGCUUCCACUAGCGGCGUAUGAGUUUUACUAGAGCUAGAGUGGGGUGGGGAAUCCCGAUCACGUUGUUGGAGAAUAAAUAACUGUAAAUAUGUCCUUAAUA